AUGCUCUUCUUUGUAACAGGCUGCUCGACCGGCCUCGGGCUCCAGCUCGCGCAAGCUAUCCUCGCAGCUGGGCACGACUGCAUAGCAUCAUCCCGCAACCCUUCAAAGACUCCAGACCUCGUAGCCGACUUUGAGAAGAAAGGCGGCAAAUGGGUCCACUUAGACAUCUCCGGCAAGGACGUCGAAAGCACGAUGGCCAACAUUCUCGUAGACCACGGCCCAAUCGAUGUCCUGAUAAACAACGCCGGAGUCACCGACGUCGGCCCCAUCGAAAAUAUGCCACGGGACCAAGCUCGAGCUGUAUUCGAAACGAACUUCUGGGGCCCGUUGCGCGUCAUGCAGGCAGUCAUGCCUUCGAUGCGGGAACGAAAGUCUGGCAGCAUUGUCAACAUCAGCUCGAGCUCUGUCUUUAAUCCAUUCCCGCUCCUCGGCAUAUACUCUGCCUCGAAGGGCGCAAUCGAAUGUCUGGCUGAUUCGCUCAACAGCGAGAUGGGCGCCUUCGGCAUUCGAACGCUUGUUGUCGAGCCAGGCUUGCUACGGACGGAAUUCUCUGAUACGGGCAAAGUCGAUGUGGAUGGAAUUAUGGCCAGGUCCGCGAUGUUCCAAGGGACAUAUGUCGAACAAGUCAUGGCUCAAUUGACAGCGUUCCAUGGCAAUGAGCCUGGUGACCCGGUCAAGGUAGCGAAAGUCAUCAUCGAUGAGGUGUUGUCGCCCAAAGCACAGCCGCCAACGCCACGACUGAUCUUGAGUGCGGACGCGAUACAAUUCGCUAAAGGCAAGGUUCAAGGCCUGGAAGCUGCGGUGGCGUUGGGAGAGACCAUCGAUGUUGGGUUUGCCUAA